AUUUCAAGAUGGCCGAAGGCGGAAGGCAUGAACUUGUUUACAUUUCGACGAUUAGUGUACAGACUAUAUAGUAAAAAGAUGGGGAUGCAGACCAUGGUAGGGAAACAUCUUUAAUUUGUGUGGUCCCAAUCCACAUGAUGUAGACUGACAGUGAGACUGCACAUACACCAUGCCUGCCUGGUCCCAGUCCACAGGCCUAGGGACAUACUGAUGUAGACUGACAGUGAGAUUGUACCACAGGGAUAUACUGAUGUAGACUGACAGUGAGAUUGUACCACAGGGAUAUACUGAUGUAGACUGACAGUGAGAUUGUACCACAGGGAUAUACUGAUGUAGACUGACAGUGAGAUUGUACCACAUGGAGAUGUAGACUGACAGUGAGAUUGUACCACAGGGAUAUACUGAUGUAGACUGACAGUGAGGCUGUACCACAGGGAUAUACUGAUGUAGACUGACAGUGAGAUUGUACCACAGGGAUAUACUGAUGUAGACUGACAGUGAGAUUGUACCACAGGGAUAUACUGAUGUAGACUGACAGUGAGAUUGUACCACAGGGAUAUACUGAUGUAGACUGACAGUGAGGCUGUACAAACACCUGACUGACAGUGAGACUGUACGAACACUAGACUGACAGUGAGACUGUACAAACACCAUGCCUGUAGUCCCAGUCCUCAUGGUUCUAUAUACUAAUGAUGCUAUUGAGGUCAGGUACUCCGAUGGAUCCUGUCUCAAGAUGUCUCCGUGUGGCUCUACCUUUGUACAUCACCAAAGUCCAGGGGAGACUAUCCACCCAGCUCACGGUAUGAAGGUGAUAAGUCAGCGCUGUCAGUUUGUGACAAGUGACUACAGACAAAAAGUCUUAGAAGCAAUCGACUUCAGAAACAGGUUUGCAGAGCGGCCAUAUGUAUGCCCAGACCUCCUUCUACAAGACCAGCUAGUGUCCUUGUACGCAGACAUAAGGGAUGUUGCCUGGCCCCAGACACUUGAGAAAGCUACAUACGAGUACCUACCUGAUGGUAGUGUCCGGUUAAUAUCUGAGGAUGAGCAUGCGAGUAUGGUGCUCUCCACACACAAACAAGAUUUCACUGUCUGCUACCUCUCAAAGGUUAGUCAGGAUAAAACCAAGGUGAAGGUCAGACACAAGUUCAAGGCCAAAAGCAUGAUAUCUACUACAAAUCGUAUACCAACAGAAAUUGAUUCUAGACAUGAAAGGUUUAUACCAUCAGAUGAAGAAUGUAAUGCCCCUCCCGGCAAUGGGAGCUUGGGAAAUAGAAAUGUGAUAAACUCUAAUAGAGCGGGGACAAGUCAAAAUAUAAGGAAUAUCUCGGGUGAGAUGGUAAGGAACUCAGCUACAGCAAGGACAGAUGACCAUCAUGUACAGAAAACCAAUUUGAUAACAGCGAAACAUAAUGAUGACAUGAAAAAUAGUGGUAGUUCAAGGUCAAAUGAAGGUCAUGCGAUACUAAAAAGAAAUAAAGAUUCUUUGGAAGGAGACAGUAGCAGUCCUCUCUCCGAUGACCUUCAGCAUAGACUGACAGAAGACCUCAGCAUAUCGCCAAUCAGUCUUGUGAGUGGACUACGUAGUGAGAAAUCUUCCCCCUGUACGGAGGAGGAGUAUCGCCGGUAUUCCACGCCCACUUAUGCUCAAACUGACACCCAAGGGGCAAGGUCACAGCAGUGUGUCCUCAACAAGGCUGCUGCAUUUAAACAGCAUAAACGUGAACAACAUCAAGACGACGGGUCAUUUCUCGAUUACCCACCUGUAGAAAAUAAAAAUGAAGAUGUUGACUCAGCUCUUGAUGAGACGUUAACUAGUCACGAUGUAUCUAAUACAAAGGACUCCCAAAGAAGUCAACAUUCUCCUAAGUAUAGCCAAAAUGGCAUACCACAAGUCAAUUCAAAUCCUCCCAUAAUUGUUUCUGGAUCUAAACUACAAAUUACAGAGGAGAGCACUCAAAAAACAUUUGAGGAAGGGAAGUUUAUCUGGGGCAAAAAAUCAAAUGAACCUAGUCCAAGUAGUCGAUCAGAAAGGGAAGCAAAUAGGUCAUGGGAUGAGCCGUCUUCAAGGAACCAAUCAGGUGAAAGGAAAGUCGGUUCGUGGGAGGAGUACAGUCCAGGAAGCCAAUCAGGAGACAGAGAAGGGGGUUCUAUGGAAGAGACACCUGAGUCACGCACUCAUUAUUCUUGGGUUACAAGACACUACUCCUGCGAGGAAUGCCCUGUGGUUUGGAGUCAUCCGGUCAAUUUAGCCCGAGCUGUACUAGACAAUAGAGAUAGUCUGGAACAGAAAGCCUUAAAGCUUUGCUCAAAUCCGAAAAAGAAGCUGUCGGAUCCUCGGACUGUUAGGAGAGAGAAGUGUGUCCUUUCAACCCUUCCACGACCCCUACCUCUAAGCUGUGAGGGAAAACACCUUCACUCCCUUGGGGGUCAGUACCUGUACGAUGAUGAUAAAGAUCUGGAAGGAAAUCUAGCUGUAUUUAAACAAGGCAAGCUGAAAGUGCUUCUCAUAGAAGGGGUAGUGUUUAGGUUGGUGAGACUGGCGACAACUAAAGUUGUGGAAAUAUUCCCGGGCGACGGUAGUGUUAUCACUUCACAGGGACUAUCUGGACACUUCUUCAAACAUGUCCUUCCUCGUGGUCAUGAUAAGGUAGAAGAAAGAACUUAUUCCCUGAAAUCGGCCCCACCAACUCCUCCAAAGGCAGCCUACUCCAUUGAGAAGCUGAUCAAGAGGGCUCACAGGUUCCUAAGCCAGGCUGGUCAGGAGGACAAAAUGAUCACUAAUGCUGAUGUUUGUUGCUGGAAGUAUGUGGAGAAGAAACUGGAGCUGCUGCCUACCACACUAUUGGAGGACUGCUGUGUCCCUAACCACGGCAAAUUCUCCGCCUACUCCAAUGGACAUGUCCGAAUUCUGUUUGAUGACCGCACGUCUUUAGAGAUGACCGCUGACUUCAGCCGGAGAGUGAAGAGUUGUCUGGAGCACACAGAAGGCCCAUCAGGAGAUGAUACUCAGAUGGAAGAAGAUGAGAAUCGUAGCAUUCUAGUGACAAAACAGCACAUGACCACUAAACAGUCCGGCCUGUGUAAGCUCCUCCUACCGAACGGUCACUACCAGAUAGUGGACGUCAACCACCCUGGUGUCUAUAAAAGGUACACGGACGCUGCCAUGGAGUGGCAGGCUUGGGUUAACAGCUCACCUGGGCAGAGGAAGGAUUUCUAUGAACGCUGGGAUAAACAAGACACCCACAAUGUGAUGGCAGCAAAGGAGCUACAGAAGAUCAAGUGUUUCAAUUAUAUUGUUGAUAAUACUGUGAGUAAACAGGCACCACCUUCAUCUCAGGAAGUUCCUGUCAUGACUUCCCAACUGUCUGCCAAUUCAGACAUUGUGCAAUAUUCUAAUAGAGCUCAUUUUCCGAGCUCAUCCAUCCCUCAUUCAGGAUAUGUGGACAAAUAUGACAGUGAAGUUUGUCAAGGUCAAAGACAUUCCAGUCAAGGUCAUCAUGGCUAUGGAGCUUAUUCACACAUUCCUCCAGCAUCAGUUCAAGGUCAUCAGACCAGUGAAUGGGCUUCUGGAAAUAUCCAUCACAUCACCAUCACCAUGGUUACGGUAUACCACCGAAACAAGUAACGAACUCUGCAGUCCCUGGUUUAUAUCUAGGGUCAGGAGGUCAGGCAAGGGGCAUAACUUCUACUGCCUCCAGGAACAGUACUAGUAUGGAAACACUUCAGGGAUUCAAUGCCGUCCGUGAGGCUCUCCUCAAAACGUCCAAAGCUAUACAGGACAUUGACUGUAUUCUGGAUAAAAAGUCCUGAUGGGUACAUAUUACAACAAGUUGUGUGAAAUGUUAUCACCUCAUGAUAGAUAUGUAUUACAUUGAUAAGUUGUGUGAAAUGUUGUCACCUCAUGAUAGAUACGUAUUACAGUGAUAAGUUGUGUGAAAUGUUAUCACCUCAUGAUAGAUAUGUAUUACAUUGGUAAGUUGUGUGAAAUGUUAUCACCUCAUGAUAUAUACAUAUUACUACAAGUUGUGUGAAAUGUUGUCACCUCAUGAUAGAUACGUAUUACAUUGAUAAGUUGUGGGAAAAGUUACCACCAAAAUUUGUGAUUUCUCUUACAAUGAAUAACAGAAUAGUCAGCUAAAUUCUUAAUUUCAUGAAAACGGUUAUUGAACUAGAUUAUCAAUUCCUUUGAAAGGAGUAGUCUAGCUUAAUAGAUUUAUUAUGACAAGAACAUGAGCUUUCAAUUCUGUUAUAACAAAAACAUUGUAAUAUAUAGUUUUGAAUCCCAAUGCCAUCAAUAAAAAUUGUCAAGAUUAAUUUCCUUUAAUAUAUGAUCUUUUCCUUAGCACAAUAAAUCAACCCCUACAUUUUGAUUCACAUUACACUGCAACCCCAUUAGCAUAGUUAUGAUAAAUACUUGUUACAAUUAUAAGAUAUUUGAACUUGAAAGGUUGAUAACAUCCAAUUACUAAUGAGAUGAAUCGAUCAGAAGUAGAUACACGUAACAAAAUUAGAAGUUGACAUUUUUUGCCAAAAAUAGUAACAAUGCUGAAUUUCUGAAUCUCUGAUUUGUGUUUAGUUUAGAUUAUUUAUUACAUACUCCAUCUGCUUUAUAUUUUUUCCCAUUCUAGUUUAACUUAUUGUAGUCUGAAUCUAAUUUCUUGUGAGAGUUGUAAGUACCAGUAUUGUUGGUACAGACUUCUUGGUGUUAUAUCUAUUAUCUAUUUUUAUUAUUUACCUAACUACAACAAAUACUAUUUUUUAACAGUAUUAAUUCUGUGAUGUAUUGUUUUGUGGUGUUGUGUGUUAGCUGGUAUUCUUUUACUUAUUAUUUAUUAUCCCUAAUUAAGCAAACAUUUUGUCUCCCUGCCUCAUUCUGUCCUUCUGUUUGUAUUGGUGUUUCCCAAGUCUCCUAUAGGAUUAUUGUUUCUGAAGGCAAAUCAAACUGAGAAUUGUAUUUCUCAGCAGCACAUUUGGCUGACGGAGACUGUGUGACACUGUCGAAAUAUUCCAGUAGGUAAACAAAAUUCUCAGUAAUGGAAAAUUCUCACCAAAUUAACAAUCCAGAGUCACAAAUAUAUUACGUCUGUUAUGACAUGAUUUCUUAUACAAUGUACAUGUAUAUACUAUAUAACAUGGAACGCUUGUUGUGUAUAAACUCUGUAGUUUUCUUGGUUGCUAUGGAACCACGAAUAUAUACUUACAACGGAUAUUGUUGUAGGUGUUAUUGUUAUAUUAUUGUUGCAUGGGGUAACCACAAAAGUUGGCGCCAACGAAAUAAUCUGAAAGCUCCAGACAAUGAAAGAAAGUACACACAAACAUUUCAUGGUAUACAGUACAGUGUCACUGUCACAAACAUUCCAUGGUAUACAGUACAGUGUCACUGUCGCAAACAUUUCAUGGUAUACAGUACAGUGAACCAAUAAUCUGCAGAUUCUUGGUACAAGGUCAAACUAUGGUCACAAGCUAUAAAAUUACAAUUACCAAAAAUUCUUCCUGUAAAAUAUACAAUUAACAAAAUUCUUCCUUUAAAAUAUACAAUUCAAAUUUCUUCCUGUAAAAUAAGUUCAAUUUCAUGUUAAUUUGACCUGAGGGCAGUUUCAGUUCUGAUAUACCUAGAGAAUUUUUUUCCUGCUUAGACAUUUUGUCUCCCUACUGCAGAUUAUUUCAUAUCAUUGUCCCAACCUGAAGUGGGGAUGUAUAUUUUUACAAAACUAAUGACAGAAUAAUAUAUUAAAUUAUUGAAUGAUAAA